AUGGCACCUUUGACCCAAUGGAAUCGCCUCAUUCGAUACGUGUCCGCCAAAGACGGUAGCAUCCGCUACGGCGAGCCUGUAGUGUCCGACAACGGUGCUGACAUUGACAAUCUCACGUCAAAAGGGCUGUUGAAGGUGCAAGAAGAUCAGGUCAGCGAGCUACUCGGGCCUCUGACGUGGGAAGAUGUCCCGAUACUUCGCUGUGUCGGAAUCAACUACACGAGUCACAUGCGUGAGAUCGGGUUCGAUAAUCCAGAGAACCCGACAAUGUUCUUCAAGCCAUCGUACACCAUUACCGACACCGGGAAGCCGGUGCCCAUUCCAAAGCUUGGCCAAUCAUGUCUUGACUACGAGGGAGAACUCACCAUUGUCAUUGGCAGGGAGGCCAAGAACGUAUCGGAAGACGACGCUCUUGACUACGUCGCUGGCUACGUAUGCAGCAACGACGUGAGCUGCCGUGACUGGCAGAUGGAGAAGAACAAGGCCGGUUACGAGCCUCAAUGGUGUUUCUCGAAGUCCUUCGACAAGUAUGCACCACUAGGACCGCAGAUCGUGAGCACCAAGAUUCUCGGCGACGCCAAAGGACUAUCCAUUACCACGAAAGUCAACCGUGAAGUCCGCCAGAAGAGUAACACCAGUGAUCUCUAUUUUGGCGUGCGCAAGCUGGUGAGCUUUCUGAGUACUGGUCAGACAAUUCCUGCUGGCAGCCUCAUCAUGACUGGUACUCCCGGUGGUGUUGCGCUGGGAAUGAAGCCUUCGAAGCACCUCAAGGACGGCGAUGAGGUCGUCGUGGAGCUCGAAGGAAUCGGGAAGGCUCGCAACGUUAUGGAGUUUGAAUAG